AUGGAGGACAAAAACUUAAUUGUGCAAAAUGGACCUUACACCUUCAAUAGCAGACCUAUGGUCUUGAAAGACUGGGAUCCGGAUUUCCAGAUUCAGAAUGAAUCUAUGAGAAUAGUUCCUAUAUGGGUUAACCUACUUGGGCUGCCUAUCCAGUGUUGGGCUGAGAAAAACUUAGGUAGGAUUGCUAGUCUGCUAGGCAAACCUAUUUGCACUGAUAAACUUACAGCACAAUGUGAAAGAAUUUCAUAUGCUAGAGUACUCAUUGAGAUGGAUAUCAUACAGCCACUACUAGAUGAAAUACUCAUUGAAAAGCCAGAUGGAAAUAGCUGGAUGCAGAGAGUGGAUUUUGAAUGGAAACCAAAGCUUUGCUUGGACUGCAACAAAUUUGGGCAUGGUACUGGUGAGUGUCAACAAACAACACAGCAGUAUGAGGAACCAAAACAACAUAAAAGAAGAAGGAGGAAGAGAACAAGAAUGGAAUGGAAGCCAAAAGCAACAGACACAGGAAAUAACAGAACAAAGGUUUUGCCUCAGGAGGAACCUACACAGCAGGAGACAGUAGUAGAGAUAGAAGUGACUAAUAGAGGCAAACAGGCAGUGCUUACUCAAGGAUCAGCUGGUAGAAAGAGUUAUAAGGAUAUUAACUAUGAAGAACUAGCUAGAAGAAAUUCAUUUGCACCCCUGACAAUACUUGAAAGGCCAUCAAAUGAAAGUCAUCAGGGGCCAUCUUUUAAUAAUGAUAAAGCUCAAAGGGUAGCUGAGAGUACCAAUCCUACUAAUCAUUAUCCUCCAUGA